AAAAAAAAAAGGUAUGUAAAAAAGUUAAUAUUAUAAUUUUAAUAAAGUCUCAUAUGACUAUUGUAUACUUCGUAUUUGAUAUAUUUGAUCAUGAAUUCAUAACUACGAGUAUGUCAAAUUAAAGUUUGUUAACUAGCGGGUAGAGUAAUGAAACCAACCGUUAUCCCUUUCCUUUUUUGCAAAAAUUGCAACAAAAACGAUAGAUAACUGAAGAUUGAAGAAUGCUUAGUACCCCACUCUUAACCUUUCCCAGAUGCAAAACAACCCAUUUUCAGCAAAUAAAAUUUAGAAAUUGCAGAAUUUUCAGUUUUUAUUCCACCAAUUUCAAAUUCAAUCCCAAACCCAGGGUGUUUUUGAAGUGGACAUUUUCUUGCAUCCAUGACAAUAUGCCGAGAUUGGCUUCCUGUAUUAUCACCAUAUACUUGCUUUCCCUUACCCCGGAAGUUAAUGCCCAAGACCAUUCACCAUAUCUGGUUAGGUACGCUUGUGAAGAUGUUAAAACUUAUUACUCUAGCAUCGACCAUCUGAAAGGUAAAGCCUUAAGCAGAAAACUGAACUCCAUCAUAGCAGGGCAUCACUCAUUGUCGUAUAAAGAGGUAUGGGAUGCUCUUAAGAUUCUUGACGCUGCUGAUAUUGAUAAGCCAGAGGCAUCAUCUGGGAUAGUUGAAAUCUACUCGUCCAGAGUUGCGCCAAAGCGUUUAGCUGGAAAACUUGAAGGCUGGAACAGAGAACAUCUCUGGCCUCAUUCUUAUGGGCUAAUGCGUAGUCCAUCUUUAACUGAUUUGCAUAACAUUCGUCCAGCAGAUGCAAAUGUGAAUUCAUCAAGGGGGAAUAAGUAUUUUGGAGAAUGCCAAGUUGGGUUAACUCACUGUAUGAAGCCUGCAAAUAAGGAAGCUGCUUCUGACACAGAAACAGAUAUGAAGAUAUGGGCACCCCCUCUACGGUACGUGCCUGUACGUUCUAUAGGGAUUUUGGAGCUGUUGCUCCUGUUUUAGUCACAGUAAACAGUGUCAGCAAUAAUUUCAAACAACGGGGAAAUAAGGCAAAGAUCACAAGUUGUUUUAACAAUGUAGACUUUUUAUAGUAGUUUUUUUUUUUUUUUUUAUAUCUGAGAACAUGUUUACUGCUAUUAGUUUCACUUUUCUUAAGGUUAUGUCAUCAAUUCAUACAGGGUAAUUGUUAGUGUUGCAAAAAUAAAGAAUUAUACUUCCUCCGUUUUUAUUUUAUUGCACCAUUUGGACUUUGACACUAUUCAUUUAAUGUUCUUUGACCAUCAUUUGUGAUUUAUCCAUUAGGAAAAAUAUAGUCAUGAGAGAUCUACUUAGAUUCGUCUCGAAAUCUUCUUUUCAAAUAUCAAAUUUUUAUAAUUUUUACAAAAGUAUAAUAGAAGAUAUUAACAGUUAAAGUAAUGCAUUGGCAAGCGUGAAAUGCCUCAUGGUGCAAUAAAAAAAGAACGGAGGAAGUAGGUAAGUUGAUGUAUUUCUGGUUUUCUUCAAUGCCUCCAGGUUAGAGGAGAUGUUGCACGAGCAGUGAUGUACAUGGCUAUUCGCUAUGGGUUUCAUCAACCUGGUGAAGGUCCUGUUCUUCGCCUGUCAGACUCUCCA